AUGUCUCGAGUCCCAUCCGUCAUCCAAGCGCCCACACCGGCCCAUGUCCAGACAUACUACUGCACCCACACCAGGUCAAACCGAUCAAACAUCGAGGCAACUGUGAGACGGCUACUUGGUGACUCGGCUGACCAGCCGCUCCGUCGACUGCCUGAGCAUGGCGAUUUGGCCAUUCCGCGCCCCCAUAGAUCGGGUGGUCCCAAGUUCUGGGUGGUCAGGAUCUCCGGUCAGCUAUCACAGGGAGAUCAGGAUACCAUACUUGAAGCCGCCAGGAAAAGUGAGAGCGCUGGGUGUCAAGCUUUCAUCAAAGGUACCGAGCGUACCACUGGACUGAGCCCGCAUCAUCUUGGUGUCUUCUUCCGUGCCUCCGAGAUCCAUACACCCUGGGUCACCAAUGACACACUACAACCACAUUCGAACAAACGGGUCGCAGCAGCGAGAAGGCAAUGUAUGCUGGGACUAUGCUUGGCCAUAGAUGCUGUCGUCAAGGAGAAGGUUCAAGCCAGGCUCGACCAGGUGGAUCGUAAGACCUGCCUGGCACAUAAAGCCAGCAACGACCGUUUCAGGUCUGCCGUUGACCAAGGAAAGCUCGAUCUCCGUGGAUUGUCCCCUUCCGACUUUCAAGAUGUCCAGGUUGACCAUGUAGCCGAUUUCUUCCGCUUCGGUCAGCUGGCUACCUGCUCUGCGAUCACCCAAGGACUCGCUUUACCCGUCUUUCCCGGUGAUGUUGUGUUCUUCCAGCCAGGGCUCCUACCUCAUCGAGUGGUGGCUCUCAAGCCAGAAGAUGCCAAGAAACGAGUGGUGAUCACCAUGUUCACCUGCGAGCCUACAACGGAUUACUUGGACAUGCAAGGAAUCAUGUUACCCCGUGCUAAGAGGUCCUGGAAGCCGAGGUCAGGGCAGGAUACUUGUCCCAAAUGUGAUAAGACCUACAAGGAUCUCCUCGAUCACAUCAAGAAGAAACACGGUGAGGACAGGUUCACUGCAGAGGAGAUGGCAGAGACGGGCUUAUGGGUGUGCUCCUGCGGAAAGGUGACAGCUAGUGAGAGAGGGUUAUCCUACCACCGUAAACGAUACCCCAGUCAUCAUGUGUAA